CGCACCGUCGUACGAUCGAGACAGAGCAUGCAUGAGUGUGCAAAGAAAAAAAAACAGAGUGGAUUCAUCUUUUGUCCCGUUAACUUUUGCAGCGGCUGACUGGUUUGCUUAUUAGAUACACACAUAUUAAAAUUGGCGUGUCCCUUUGGCCGAUUCGUGGCCUUACUGUGCAAAACAAAGCUAAAACAUCCAGAACGACAAAAGGGUUACGCGUCUGCCUACUGUAUUGGAAGUUCGGUGAACCAGCCAGUUUCGAUUGGGUGCAGAAAAAUCUAGAGACGGUAUCCCGUCUUUACUGCUUACCCUCCGCAUUUAGUGGCCAGCCAGGCGAGAGAACGGCGUACAAGCCUAUUAAUUGAAUUAGUUGGGCGAGUGAAGGCACAGCGCGACAGAACCUACCGCAAAUAGUAUCCUCGCGGAACAUUUAAUUAUGUGAACCAAGUUUUUUUCUGUCCCUUUCUUGCUUUGCCUCUUUCGUUCCGUGCCGGACUACUUUGGUGUGACAGUUGAAAAGCAUCGCUGAGGGUGUGUGUGUGCGUGUGUGUUGGGUUGUGUUAUUUUUCAUCUGCCUGGUGCAGCACAUACAUUCCCCCGAUGGUGGUGGUGUAGUUGGCGCGUGCAUACACGCUCGCAGAGAAAAGUGAAGAAAAAAAUUUGCCUGAUAAUUCCGUUUCCUCCACCGGGUGUGAUAAGCAGCAGUGAGCACUUCCGAGAUAGAAUCGCAUCAACCCCCGGGGAACUCAACUGGUGCCUAGGCUGGAGCGUGCAAGCGCCUGCAGUUAGAGAGUUUGGAUGUAGCUCGGGUUGUUGCGAAAAGAGUGAAAAGUGAAAAAUCAGUGGAUCCGCUGACGCAAAAGAGAAAUCCCAUAACACCACAAACCUUAGCUGCCGGGUUGCACCUGCACCACCCAAUCCAAUAUCAGCUAGUGACUGCAUCGAACGCUUAGCGCAUCAUCUUUGGUGGAAUCUGCGGUGCUUGUGGCUUCGGCAAGGGUUUUACCGGGAGGCAAUAUAGUAGGCGCAGCCGACAGUUAGUCGGACAAACAAUACCUACGAGCACCAUGAUGGCGGAAUCGGAUAACACGGCAGACGCGACCAGACGGCUAAAUGUGAAAAAACAGACACUCGACGAUGCGUACGCAAUCCCGGCCAACUUCCUCGAAAUUGACGUCGUAAACCCGAUGACAACGAUUGCGGCCGGAAAGAAACGGUACACCGACUACGAAGUGCGGAUGCGGACAAACCUGCCGGUGUUUAAAGUGAAAGAAUCCAGCGUCCGUCGCCGGUACAGUGAUUUCGAAUGGCUCAGGAACGAACUGGAGCGCGACAGCAAGAUUGUUGUACCACCGCUACCCGGAAAGGCCUGGAAACGGCAGAUGCCAUUCCGCGGCGACGACGGCAUAUUUGACGAAAACUUUAUCGAAGAGCGACGAAAAGGGCUGGAACAGUUUAUCAACAAAAUUGCGGGCCACCCGCUAGCGCAGAACGAGCGUUGCUUACACAUGUUUCUGCAGGAGGCGGCCAUCGACAAAAACUACGUCCCCGGCAAGAUCCGCAACACGUAAAACAGGAAUGUAAAAACCGGCACUGAACAUAACUGUGAGCAGGUAGGCAGAACGCAAACGUGCGUGUGGGUGGUGGAUUGGUUGGCUAGGUAUGGUCCAUCCUGGCGUUGCAUUGAAAAGGAUGCAUUAGUAUAGCAAAAUAUAUAGGCGAGAAAAAGGAGAGCAAAAAAAAAAGGAAUUCAACCAGGAGGAGGAUGUUGUGACCCGGGCACGAAUUGUGUGUGACCUGGAUCCGAUUAGGAUGCUAAAAAACGCCUCCCUCCUAUCCCUGAGAACAAAACGCGAACGAACGGUUGGUAUCCACACCCCCCGCUUCACAGUCUGCUAGUUGGUUGUUGUGUAUGAUAAGUUUUUGUACAGCAAAAACUAGAGGCAAUAUUCAAAAUGAGUGCUCCCUUUGAGAUCGUGUUAAGCAAAUGCAAUGCAGAUUGCAGAGUAACAAUGAUACAAUCAAACGAAAAUCCUCUCCCAAUUUUAUUUCUAAUUUUGUAUGAUGUUGAAGCACGUUGCCCUUUGUUUCGAACAAGUUAAGAUUCCCUGAUGAACCUCUCCCGUUGGGUUUGAUUUGACGCUCGAUCGAUCUACUACUCCUAACUACUGAAAUGUGUAUGUGAAACUAAACCGACAGAGACAGAGAGGGAAGAGCGCUAGGAAAGGAAGCGUUAGCUUACGUACUGGCGUAUCCCACAAAUAGAGUUCUAGAAUAGAUAGGAAUGUGUUCCCUUUCGUAUAAAUGAUUCUGCUAUUGAUAUGAUCUCUUUGUAACUUGGGAUUCGAAAAGAAAAACUGUUCAGGUGGGGUCAUACACGUACAGAGAGAAGUGGACGAUGAAGUACGUGAAACACAACAGGCGAAAACAGGCGCGCUCUCUAUACGAUCAUCGUAGAGUAUGUAGUACGAUCACUAUCCUUCACAUUGCAAAGCAUGAUAGACAACUGUGCAAUCUUGCGUGAAGAUGAGAGGUUCAUCUUGCGAAUUUAAGUUUGCCUUCUAACAACUAUCACAGUGGCAUUGGUCGGUGACCUUUUUGUAUUAGCUUGUGAAACGUGAUACGGGAAAGCUAGUUUUUCUUUUUGCAUUUGCAUUUCAGUAGUUGGGAGGAUGUAUCAAAAUUUUUCCCCAAUACGGAAAUCCAGCUUGGAAUUAAGCUGAUGUUACGCGGCGUAUCGUGCAAGGGCUUGCAAUGCAAUAAUGAAUACCCUUAAUCAAACAGCAAACGCGCGUAUUCGCUCCCUUCCGUCUGCCAGAGUUGUUUGACCCAUCGCCCAAGCUCUCCUCCACUCCACAGUACGCGAGUGUGUGAACAAUAAUUGACAUCAGGAGAAGACGAGAACCCCUCCCCCAGGGUGAUAUGUUAUAAUACAUAUUUGGAGUAAAACAAAUAAGUCAAGCGAUGGUGAUGUGCGUCAGUGUAGAUAAACAAAAAAAGGAGGAAAAAGUUUGUUUGUGAAGGGAAGUAAUGAUGCACAGAUGCAGAUAGAAUUACGAUUAUCAUUUACAAACCCCAUUUAUUAUUUAGCCUCCCCCCAUCCAUCCUCUUCCCCCCCCCCCCCCCCCCACGACGUUCACGAAACAAGAUGCUCUGCUCUGUAGUUUUACAAACAGAAAAAAAAGUAACAAAGAGAACAACAGCUGGGGAUGAUGAUGAUCUAGGAAAUGGAAGCUGUAGUGUAGGUAGAGGAGAGUGUGGUUGGAGAGACGACGAGAAUGCGACGAGGAACAAGUAUUCAAAGGUGUGAACAUAUUGAUGAGGUAAUAAAAACAAAACAAUCUUUGAUUAUUAUUAA